AAAAGAAAAUUUUGAAAAAAAAAAAUGAUGAUCACAGCAAGCUGGGCAACCGCACGGCUCUGCCUCUGCAGGAUAUCAUGAACCCUCAACCACCUAACAAAAUCCAGAGGUUGAACUUCAACGAACUCUGAUUGGAAGUUCCACCGCAAAAACUAUUAGCUCUCUUCUUCGUUGCUAAGUUUUCUUCCCUCGUAUCCAUAAAAUUGCUUCGUAUCAAUCUCUGCAAUUCUGGAAGAAGAAGAGGAACAAGCUUUCUAAUUAUGGGGCAAAGCCUUGAUUCAAUGAGCCAAAAUCAAUCCAAAGAAGAGCUGCUUUAUCAGCUUCUUAAUUCUGGGAAUGUGGAGGCCAUUAAAGCUCUUUGCAGAGAAGGUGCUAAUCUUGAGUGGAUUGACAAAGACGGGAAAACUCCUCUCAUUGUGGCUUGCAUGGAUUCUGGGUUGUUCAAUGUUGCAAAAACUUUGAUUGAAAUGGGAGCCAAUGUCAAUGCUUAUCGCCCUGGGCGUCAUGCGGGUACUCCUUUACAUCACGCAGCAAAAAGAGGCCUAAAGGACACUGUUGUAUUGCUUCUUUCCAGUGGUGCAAAUGCUUUGGUGAGGAAUGAUGAUUGCCACACUGCAUUGGAUGUUGCAAGAAUAAAGGGGCAUACCAAUGUUGUCCGUGCUAUUGAGAAUCGUAUUUGCUAUUUCUCUGGAUGGCUACGGGAGUUUCAUGGUCCAGGCUUUCUCAAAGCAUUAACUCCUCAAUUAUUAUCAAGAAAAAUCUGGGUUGUCGUUACACCUUGUGGCUCCAGUAAUUCCAUGAAGCCCCUCAGGCUGGAGCUUGCCAUUUAUUCUGCUUUGCAGGAUGCUCAACCUCACACAGUCAUUGCUCUUUGGAAGGCAAAAAUUGAGGAACCCAAAUUUCAUAAGUCAGAUCCAGGGCUUGCCAUAUUUGAUCAUUCUACAAAAAAUCAAUACAAAUUUUUCUCAUCCAAUGAGGGUGACAAACGGCAGUUUUACAAGUUCUAUGAUGCAUGCAGAGGAAUUCCUCAGGUUGUGCCUCCGCCAACUCACCAUGAUAAUGAUCCAGUGAGUAGACAACAAGAAUCUGCAGAAGCUCUCGACUUGGCAAUGGCAUUAAGUGCUUCCAUUCAGUCUGCAACGGAGGAAAGGCCACCGCUUAAUCCUCAGCAGAUUUCUGGAACAAGUAAUGCAAAUGGCUGGGAACGUUCUCAACAUGGUGAGAGUCACAAUGGAUGGAGCACAGCUGUUGCAUCUGCACAAUCAGAGGCAAGCAGCAGUGGAUGGACAGACAAGGAAGAAAAAGAAGACUACAAGGGAUGGGGUGUGCCUAUUUCUGGUCCACUCGGUAAUCAAGGUCAUGUAGGAAUCCAUGGUAAUGCUACCCCUGUAGUUCAAACAAGUGGUGGUAUCACAACCUCAGUUUCAUCAGCUCCAUCGGCUCCCCCAAUUCCUGAUGAGGUUUUAAGUGAAGGACCAAUCCACUAUCCAGUAGUUGAUUUUAGCCCAGUGGAUUCAUUAGUUCCUCCUGUAGAGCAUGGAACUUCUGCAACAAGUGAUGUGAAUGAUGGAGGUGGCUCUUCAUCAUGUAUAAUAUGUUGGGAAGCUCCCGUAGAAGGCGCAUGCAUUCCUUGUGGUCACAUGGCUGGUUGCAUGGCUUGUUUGAGUGAGAUCAAAGGCAAGAAAGGGGUUUGCCCCGUUUGCAGAACAAAAAUAAACCAGAUUAUCAGGCUGUAUGCUGUCUGAAAGGUGAACCUGAUUCUUCUGGAUCUAUGAUUGGAUUGUGAAACAUUUUUUCACUUAUGGCGUGUUAUUUGUAUAUUCUUUAUGUUUGUAUGGCUUGCCAAACAUUUCUUAAAGAAUUUGACGCAACAUAAUAAAUGUUCACAAGAGCUUCUCAGAA